AUGACUUCCCCGUCCCCUCACGACCGCAGUCGGAGCGAGGAAGAGGACGACCCUGUGGACCAGAUGAUCUCGCGCACCGGCUGCGCCGAUCUGCACUAUGCCGUGCAGGAGUGCAUGGCGGAACAUCAGGACUGGCGUAAGUGCCAAACCCAGGUUCAGACCUUUAAAGAGUGCAUGAUGGCCUUCCAGAACUCCCGUAAGGAACAGCUGAUGAAACAACGACAAACAGCUUCCGGGCCGUCAUAGAUACCAACCUACAGACGCAAACAUUGUUCUACAGGAUGACAUCUUGCUUCAUGUUCACUUGUGGAGCUGGACUAAAUACUCAACGAUACCGUUAGAAGUUGUUGAUGCUAGUCUAGUAACAUGUAAGUGUGUUCAAGGGAGAGAGUUAGAUAACACUUCGUGCCUGUAUCCGUAAUUGUUUGGAAGGUAGGAUCACACAGAAUCAUACUUGUUUUUAUUUAAUGUCCUUGGAUCAUUA